AUGUUGAGAGCUAGUGCAAUUGGCCGGAAGUUUACUGUUUCAGCUGCCCACAGGACUCUUGCACUGGGCAUAGCAAAUCGUACAAUCCACAGAUGUUCGUACUCUACAGGCAGUCCCACCACCAAAAGUACCACUGCUAAACGCAGAGUGAAAUAUUUUGCUACGGCCACUAUCAUUGCAGGUUCCAUCUUAUUCUAUUCUCAGCACGAGCGCCACAACAACUUUACCAAUGACUCGGCGGUCAUCCCCCAGAGGAAAGUUACCGCACAGGAAGUUCUUGAGAACAAUUGGACGGUCAUUGAUGGCUGCGUUUACGAUUUGUCCAAUUUCGCCAACACCGCUGAUCCUUCCGCUGUCCGAGUGAUCAAGAGCAACGGGGGCAAAGAUAUCACUUCUAUAUACUUUGCCCUAUUUGGUAAGACAUCUCUUGAUAAUGAUAUCUUCAAGAAGCAAUACGCUAUUGGGAUUCUGUCGGGAAAGAUGCCCUCAGACCGUGUUGUCCCCAAAUAUUCCUCCGAAACAAGAGACGAGGUCAUUAGAAAGGAAAUUUUGAAGAAUUCGUUGCCACCACUAGCCAAUAUCAUUAACGUCUACGAUUUUGAAAAUCUUGCCUCGAAGUUUCUACCUCAUCAAGCAUGGGCGUACUACUCUUCUGGGUCCGAUGAUGAAAUAUCAUUGAGAGAAAACCACAGCGCGUAUCACAGAAUAUUCUUCAAGCCACGGGUACUAGUGGACGUAUCCAAUGUGGACACAUCUACUACUCUACUAGGUAAGAAAGUGGACAUACCAAUCUUCGUUGCCGCCACAGCGCUAAUGCAGUUAGGUAACCCAGAAAAGGCAGAGGUGAACGUUGCCAAAGGUUGUGGCCAAGCUGGGUUGCACAUUCCACAGAUGAUUUCGACGUUUUCGUCGAACUCCAUCGAAGAUAUAACUGCUGCGAAAAGUAGCGAUAAGCAGGCCCAAUGGUUCCAAUUGUACGUCAAUGGCGACAGAAAAGUCACCAAAGAUUUAAUUCAAAAGGUAGAGGCACUAGGACUGGAUGCAUUAUUCGUCACAGUGGAUGUUCCGCUAACUGGGCACAGGGAGAAAGAUUUGAAGAUCAAAUUUUCAACUGCUGAUAACGGACCCAGCGUGGCCCAAAAGAAGAAGAAAGAUACAAAACAGGACAAUGGUGCUUCCAAGGCUUUGACCAAAUUCAUCGACCCUUCGUUAAGUUGGAAUGACAUUAUCGAGUUCAAAAAGCAUACAAAGCUGCCCAUUGUACUUAAAGGUAUCCAAAGAGCGGAAGAUGUCGUCAAAGCUGCCGAACUGGGGCUUGCCGGUGUUGUGAUCUCAAACCACGGAGGAAGACAGUUAGAUUUUGCGAGAGCGCCAGUCGAGGUUCUUGCCGAGAGUGUUCCCGAGUUGGAGAAGCGCGGACUGAGAAGUGACAACUUCGAGCUAUUUAUUGACGGUGGUAUUCGUCGUGGUACGGAUAUCUUGAAGGCACUUUGUCUAGGCGCAAAGGGUGUUGGUCUGGGCAGACCCUUCAUGUACGCCAAUUCGUGUUACGGAGAGGAAGGUGUAGAGAAGGCCAUCUCGUUGCUGAAGGAAGAGGUAGAAACCUCCAUGAGGUUGCUGGGUGUUACAUCCAUCGACCAAUUGGGGCCCGACCUACUAGAUCUAUCCACCUUAAGAAACAGAAGCGUCAGUGUCGCAAGAGAUAGCCUCUUUGCAGACACCUACAAGACACCAACAUUAGCGGACUUUACAGAAUAG